GCUGCGUGGGCUGCGGGGUCCGUCGCUGCGGAGCCUCGGAGGGAGGGGGCACCUGGCAAGACUUCCUGCCUCCGUUUACCCCGCCGCUUCGCCAGCGAGCGCGCCUGGCCCGGCGACCUCCCGGCAGCGCCCCGGAAAGGCCGUUCCGCCCCGCGAGGGAAACAGAGCCGUUGACCAUGGUGGCAACUGGCAGUUUGAGCAGUAAGAACUCGGCCAACAUUGCAGAGUUGCUGGACCAUGGCUUCCACCCGGGGAGCCUGCUAAACGAUUUUGACUACUGGGAUUACGUUGUUCCGGAACCCAACCUCAAUGAGGUGAUAUUUGAGGAGACAACUUGCCAGAGUUUGGCUAAAAUGCUGGAGAACUGUCUGUCCAAAUCAAAGCAAACCAAGCUUGGUUGCUCAAAAGUCCUUGUCCCUGAGAAACUGACCCAGAGGAUUGCUCAAGAUGUCCUGCGACUCUCCUCCACCGAGCCCUGCGGCCUGCGAGGAUGUGUUAUGCACGUGAAUUUGGAAAUUGAAAACGUAUGUAAAAAGCUGGAUAAGAUUGUGUGUGAUUCUAGUGUGGUGCCCACUUUCGAGCUCACACUUGUGUUUAAGCAGGAGAACUGCUCAUGGACUAGCUUCAGGGAUUUUUUCUUCAGUCGUGGUCGCUUCUCAUCUGGCCUCAGGCGAACUUUGAUCCUGAGUUCAGGAUUCCGACUGGUUAAGAAAAAGCUUUACUCCUUGAUUGGAACAACAGUCAUUGAAGAGUGCUGAAAAAGAAAGAUUUUAAAGGUCCUUUUUAUGAUUGGGUCAUAAAGCUCUGCAGCUGCCCAGUGAGGGUCAUUUGUAGUCACCCCGCCUGCUCUCAAGGAGAAACCCCAAAUUCAGUCAUCUCCCUUCCUGGCUUCACAUUUUCAGCAACCCAACUAGAAGGCUCAUUUCAUGGCUUUUGAGAAAGGACCCAAGAAAGUGUACAUUUUUUUUUCCUAUAUCACAGGUUUUUACAAAAUGACAUGGAAUAAAAGAAGCAAUCCACUUUAGUUUUAUAUCUGACCUCGCUUUUUCCAGGUAGUCUUGCUAAGUAGACAGUAAUCAAAAUGUGCCUAAUUUGAUUUUUGUAUGGCUUUUUUCUGUGUAUUUUCAGAGUAAUCCUUUCAAUCACAGAAAUUUAAUGAUGCUUAGUCCAUCAAAACUUCCAGAAGCCCGCACCAAUCUCCUGCCCCUACUCAAAAAUGAAGGGUUCCUAGACUGGAGGGUAGAAUUUAGUGGGUGAACUUCAUUAAAACGUAACCCCAUGCAAGAGUGAAUAGGAAAUGUCAUAGCAAGAACAGAGCUACUUCACUGUUUCCUUGCAUCCUCUCUAUGCUUCUGUUACACAGGUGGCAAAAGCGUGUAUUGAUUGUCAUUUCAGUAACCACAGUAUUGUUUUAAAUAAUUUUAUGGUACAAUACAAGCUCAGCUUUUCUAGUUCUCAAGUGUUGAGUGUUAUUUUUAAGCUAGAAAAGUGGAAAGUGUUAAACCGAUUUUUUUUUUGCAUAUAAUUGAUUACUUUCCCUGUGAGUGCAUGGUGAAUGUGCAUAGGGAUAGAAAGUUCUCAGAUCUACUUCCUUUCUCAAUCAUUUGAUAAUCUAGCUUCUUUUCAUUAUUACAUAUGCUUAACCUCAGAUGAAGCAUCUCACCAUGUCAGUGUUACCUGGCUCUGGCCUCUCCUGGGAACUGAGGUGUUUCUCCUUAAUCUGAAUCUUCAAAGGAGAUAGGUACAUGCUACUUGUCAAGAUGGACCUUCAUGAAGUCUGUUUUGGCUAGGGAUAUCUGGUGGAUAAUACAGACUAGAGAAUGAAAAUCAUGGGCUAGAUAAACAGUUUUCUUUAGCCUUGGAUACGUGUCCCUGGGGAACAUGAAAGGUCUGAUUUUUUUUUCUUGUGCCAGCUAGCUAGGUCCUUGGCCAUUCUUAUUUUAUGUUAAUGAGAGAAUGUAGUCUCCACACUGCGGUAUUCAAUUCAGCAAGGCCCUCACGUUUUUACUGUAAAUCACAGAGAGGGAGUUUAUUCAGGUCUCCUGCCCAAAUUAUUAGUACCACCUUAAGUGCCUGAAGCCAGGGUUGUAGGGACAAACGUCUUCAUCCUGACCUUACUCAAAAGCAGGUGUGAUCCUGUUACUGAUCUCAUAAGUGACCUAAAUUUCACUCUUCAAAUCAGCAAACAGUCUAACAGAUCCAGCUCUUCCCAUGUUUGAAAAGAUACAGCAAAGCCCAUCCAUAUAGGACUGGGCCAGGAUGAGUCAACCUUGUUUGCAUGUCUGUUAUUGUUGAGGCUCUAAAGGUCACCAUGAUGCUGUGGGCAUGGCUUCUCUGGCUGGGAUGUAGAACCCUUGUCCUUUUUCCACUAACAGUUGUCAUUGAACCUUUGUCUUUUGUGCUCACAAAAUGGUGAUGGCUUAUGGAGAUUCUCAAAUUAAUAUUCCUGUUAAAGGAAAUUAAAGUUUGUCUAUUUUUGACAAUAAAGCAUCAUAUAUUUUUAA